AUGCCUCGGCGUCAAGACAGCGACCAAGAGGUCCAUCUCCUACAAGGCCACGACAACGAUCGAUUGUCCAUAGACUCAUCCCCCCUGUCCCGCGACGACACCUUAUGCGAACCAGAAACCCGGUCGACCGACAGACAAGGCAGUCCUGGUGCUCCGGGCGCCGCUUCCGAUCUUGACGGCUCGAAACGUCACCAACGCGAUACAAAUACCAACGGCAACGCCAGCCGCGAGUGGCUAGAGUUGGACGACAUGGAUGCGAAUGGCCUCAGCCGUCCAAAGUACCAUCGCCAUGCUGGUGGACGAUCUGGCACUCCUCUGCUUCACAAGGAGGAUGACGAUGACCGCGGCCGCGUCACUCACACUGCGCAUGGCAAUCGAAGGACCAGCCUAGGGUCGGCGAGGUCGAGCGAAGAUGAACGCCCUUAUCAUCGAGAGAUGAUGGAGAGGCCAUCUUUCAGUCGCCGAUCAACUAUGCGCAGCCGUAGCCCUCAGACUGUCGCCGACGCCGCCGAAAGCUCGACGCGCAAGAAGUACACGUAUGCCGCAUUCUUCCUUGUCAUCAGCCUGGUGUCGUUCUGCGUCCAGACAGAACUGAGCGCAUACAUUCAGCAUGAUCUUGGCUGGGACAAGGCGUACUGUAUGAUGUACUUUACCCACGGCUCGUGGAUCGUGCUGUGGCCUGUUCAGCUCCUCAUCCUGCGCUUCCAGAAGCGCGACAUUCCUUGGCCCGUCUUUUGGAAGCGACACAAGCAGCAUCUGCGCACAACCGCCAUCAUGAUCGAGACGCAGACUCUCGACGUUUUUCAUCUUUCCAUCCAGCAUCGCGCGCGCCCCAUUCGUUACAUCAUCCGUUUUACCGUUCUCAUUACCUGCGCGCUGACCGUUGCCGGGCUGAGCUGGUACAUUGCCGUCAGCUUGACGACACCUUCGGAUCUAACCGCCAUUUACAAUUGCUCCGCCUUCUUUGCAUACGUAUUUUCUGUACCACUACUCCACGAACCCCUGCGCCUCGACAAGUCUGUCGCCGUCCUCAUCGCCAUUGCCGGCGUGCUCGUCGUCGCUUAUGGAGAUACCAAGUCGGAGGGCACCAAGGACGUGGAGGCUUCAAACCGCUUUUUUGGAAACAUUGUUAUCGGCGUGGGCUCUGUACUGUACGGCCUUUAUGAGGUCUUGUACAAGCGCUUUGCUUGUCCCCCUGAAGGCGUUUCGCCCGGUCGCGGCAUGAUCUUUGCAAACACGUUUGGCUCUUGCAUCGGCCUUUUCACGCUCACUGUUUUGUGGAUUCCGCUCCCAAUCAUUGACUUCUUGGGCAUUGAGAAGUUUGAGCUGCCAGUUGCUUCAACCUGCUGGUUGAUUCUGUUGGCUGUGCUCAUGAACGCCACUUUCAGUGGCUCAUUCCUUGUUCUCAUCUCUCUCACUUCGCCCGUCCUCUCUUCGGUCGCCGCUCUACUGACCAUCUUCAUUGUUGCCAUCGUGGAUUGGAUGCUCACUGGCGAGCCUCUCAGCUUUGCGGCCAUCCUCGGUGGCGCCAUGAUCGUUGUUGCGUUCCUGGGCCUGACCUGGAGCACUUAUCGAGAGAUGAAGGAACAUGAGGCCAUGAAGCCGAUUGUGGAUCUGUCAGACAGCGAUAGGGACGGCGACAUUGAGAGCGACGAUGAUUAA